ACAAGAAAAAAUGUAAAUGCGUUGUAUCUAAAAAAAAUUUUAAAGUUCUCUCACUGGCUUCUGCUGGCGUUAUUGUUGUGUUUCCAACUUUCACCGCUAGAUGUCGACAAACUACCACGGACAGCAGGAGUUUACCGGAAGCUUUGGCAGCGUGCUGUCCAGCAGAAGCACAACAAUGAGAGCUAUUAUCCAGAGGGUGACCAAAGCGAGUGUGACAGUGGGAGGGGAGCAGGUCAGCUCCAUUGGACGGGGAAUCUGCGUCCUGCUCGGGAUUUCUGCAGACGACACGCAGAAAGAUGCUGAGUACAUGGUCAGAAAGAUCCUGAACCUGCGGCUGUUUGAGGACGAGAGCGGCCGGGCGUGGGCUAAGAGUGUCAUGGACAGAGAGUUGGAGGUGUUGUGUGUGAGCCAGUUCACCCUGCAGUGCAUCCUGAAGGGCAACAAACCGGACUUCCACGCCGCCAUGCCAGCGGAGCUCGCCCAGCCCUUCUACAACAGCAUCCUGGAGAGCAUGAGGAGCGCCUACAGGCCUGAGCUCAUCACAGAUGGGAAGUUUGGGGCGUACAUGCAGGUCAACAUCCAGAACGACGGUCCGGUUACCGUGGAGCUGACGUCACCGGCUGCUCCCACAGACCCCAAACAGCUUUCCAAGCUGGAGAAGCAGCAGCUCAGGAAGGAGAAGACGCGCUCUAAAGGCUCGUCCGAGUCGGGACGGGAGAAGAGCUCGCUGCGGUCCAGGCAGGACCCCGGCGCCAGCAGCGGGGCGGAGGGCGACGUGUCUUCAGACCGGGAGUCGUGAUGCUGCAGGAUGCAAACCAAACUGUGGACACUCAGGAAGAACGCUUGGACCCGUUUACGGACUGACCGACAGCAGACAGAACGGACCGAAUGAAACCCAGCAGCUCGUUAAAUCCUUCGUCCCCGUUGUUUUUCCAUUUGUCCUCCUCAAGCCGUCUCUGUUGGACUCUCUCCUCUCUGUUCCCGCUCCGUUCGUGUCGCUGGGUUGCAGAUCUUCUCCAGUGCUGCCAGACGGAGCACACCAGUGCCACCACCUCCUCUAAGCACCUGUUUACCACCACGAGCAGAUUGUUUGUUCUGAGCUUGAACUGGAAUGUCUCUGUAACCAACAGAGACACAAACAGACGCUUUAAAUAACAGCCCCAUUACCCUGAUGUCCCGCUUUCCUUUCUGCAUGCUUGGACACAUCUUGGUAUUUUUGAGCUACUAAUUGAGCUUGCAAGCAUCCAGCAGGUGCUUCACUGUCGUCACUUCUAAUUAACUGGAACAUGGAGGUAAACUCUCACAAAAAUAAAACCUAAUAUUCCUCUUCAUAACAGAAAGGUGUUCAGAUUAUGUUUCAGAAUUGUGAUUAAUGUGAGAAAGUGCCAGGAAAGCUGACAGCUGUCAGUGAGGCGUAGCUUUUGAUGCAACUGUUAUUUUCUUUCUGUAAAGAAGGCAGAGAGGAAACUUAAACUUAGUUUGAAAAACCAGGAGGAAGGAAAAGCCACCGAAGAUUUAGAUGGAAAUGACUUCUGGUAGAUUUAAACUUAGAUCCAUCAGAUCGCCUUCUCUUUGCUUGGGUUUCUUCUUGGCGUUUGGGGAAAAUUAAGGAUCGAAUUUAGGACAGCUGCCCUGCUGUGUUCUGACAGGUCUGAAUGUAUAUUUUGUUACUGUAUAAAUUUUAAAAGCAUUCA